AGACAGUUAUUCAGCAUGCUCGAUGCAGAUAACAGUGGAACAAUAACGUAUGAGGAGCUCAAACAAGGUUUGAAAAAAGUCGGGUCCGAUCUAAUGGAAUCGGAGAUCCUUUCACUCAUGAACGCGGCUGAUAUAGACAACAAUGGGACUAUAGACUAUGGUGAGUUCCUAGCAGCAACAUUGCACAUGAACAAAAUGGAAAGAGAGGAAAAUCUUCUCGCUGCUUUCUCCUUCUUCGACAAAGAUGGGAGUGGCUACAUCACCACUGACGAGCUCCAACAAGCUUGCAAAGAUUUUGGCCUGAUCGAUGAUCAGAUAGAUGAGAUCAUUAAAGAAAUCGACAUAGACAACGAUGGACGCAUUGACUAUGGCGAAUUCGAGAACCAUGAGAGGGAAUCUUAA